UUCCUGCGCCCACUGAGACGCAAACGCCAAAACCACACAGUAGGAGGUUUACACCCACUUUUUUCAUACAAAAUUCGCAAUACUAGCUUUAAACAAACACACAGUAUAAAAUUGGUGCUUUAGUUCAGUAAAAUAACCCCAAGCCAAAAUGUCCGAAGGCGACGUGACAACCCCCGACGAAUUUGAGCAUGAAAACGAGACAAAUUACAAGCCCCCGCCGGAGAAAACCAUCGAAGAGAUCCUCCAGGCGGACCAGGACGAUGAGAGUCUGCGGAAAUACAAGGAGACUCUCCUAGGGCAAGCCCAAACCGGCCCUGUGAUUGUCGAGCACGAUAACCCCAGGAAAGUUAUCGUGAAACGGCUAGUCUUGGUGGUGGCCGACCGGCCGGAAAUCGCCUUAGAUUUAACCGGGGAUUUAUCUCGAUUGAAGAAAGAGACUUUCGUGAUUAAGGAGGGCGUUUCGUACCGAAUCCGGAUAGAAUUUAUCGUCCAGAGGGAAAUCGUGCACGGGCUUAAGUACGUUCAAAAGACCAGCAAACUGGGAAUGUCAGUGGAUAAGAUGACCCACAUGGUCGGGUCGUACGCCCCCAAGAUGGAAAUUCAAUCCUACACCACGCCACCCGAGGACGCCCCCACGGGGAUGCUAGCGCGCGGGUCAUACACAGUCCACUCCCUCUUCACCGACGACGACAAAAACGAGCAUCUCAAAUGGGAGUGGAGUUUCGAAAUCAAAAAAGAUUGGAAAGAUUAAAAUAUUUCCAAAAGGCAAGACAAGUAUUAUUAGCCGCAAUAAAUUUAUACCUACCUUUUAUAAUAAGUAUACAGACCUUUUGAAACUUUUACAAGCCUUACUGGUCGUCAGUAUGCCUUAACGUACAAUUUUCGAUCCGUUGCUCACUUCAAAAAACCGCCUUACCUGUGUUUGCUGUUGUAUAUUGCAUUUAUCGUACUGAUCAAGCUUUAGACCAAUUAAGUGUGUUGCUACUUUCAAAUAAAACACAAACGAAAAA